AUGGAAGAGGAAUCACCACGAAUCCAGUCCAUGGACCGUCCCGGCUGGAAAGCCGAGGGCGACCUACUCCAUGGCCUGCGGCAAGAGGUCGCGAGACUACUCGGUCGCGACCAAACCAACUUUCCCGGCGCCCAACCAGUGUCCUUUGCCCGCAAGCAUCUAGAAGAGCUGCGCAGAGACGACUACUACGUCUGCGAGAAGUCGGAUGGAAUCCGCUACCUGCUCUACCUGACCGACGAUGGCCAGGGCAACGAGGUGCACUACAUGAUCGACCGCAAGAACGACUACUGGUGGGUCAAGAACGCACACUUCCCUACCGCCCAAGGCGAGGGCAUGUUCCACCGCGACACCAUCCUCGACGGCGAGCUCGUGGUCGACACCCUGCCCGACGGCACCCAAGAACCCAUCUACCUCGUCUUCGACUGCCUCGUCAUGCACGGACAAGCUCUCAUGACCCGUGGCCUGCAGAAGCGAUUCGGCUAUUUCCACAACGAGGUCUACAAGCCCUACAAGGACCUAUUCAAGAAGUACCCCCAGGAGAAGGCCUUCCAGCCCUACAUACUGGGCAUGAAGGACCACCAGUUCGCCUACGGCACCGAGAUGAUGUUCAAGCAGGUCAUCCCCAGCCUGCGACACGGCAACGACGGCCUCAUCUUCACUUGCCUGAGCACCGAGUACAAGUACGGCACCGACCCCCACAUCCUCAAAUGGAAGCCUGCCGAGGAGAACACGGUCGACUUCCGCUGGAAGUUCCACUUCAACACUGUCCAGCCCGAGGAGCAAGACCUGGCCGACGGCGCCACGGAGCCCUACGUCGACUAUGACGGCGUACCCAGGGUCGAGCUCCUGGUCUUUCACGGCGGCAAGGACGACUACAGGAAGUUCGGCGAGCUCUACCUGUCCGAGGACGAGUGGGAGGAGCUCAAGGCUCUGAACGACCCCCUCGACGAGCGCAUUGUGGAGGCCUACAUGGACGAGCAGCGGCGGUGGCGCUUUUACCGCUUCCGCGACGAUAAACACAACGGCAACCACGUGAGCGUGGUGCACAGCGUUCUGGAGUCCAUCGAGGGCCGCGUCACCAAGGACGACCUGGUUGAUGCUGCUCCCGAUAUCAGAUCCAAGUGGAAGCGCAGGGAAGCCGAAGCUAAGAGCCGGCAGAAGGCGCAAUGA